CUUUCUUCCAUCUCAUCUCAUUCUUCAAACCCGAUUGCAUCCUUUGUUACACCUUCCGUCGCAUCUUACCUUUUGUCAAACCCCUCUCAUCGUGCCAGUUACACAACCAUCGCAGCACACUCCUCUCUACCCAUCCAAGUUCAUCCACGCACCACAUUGCAUACAUCAGUACUGGAGAAUCAUCACUCACACUUGCACGACUGACGUCUGCAUUCAGAACCGUUAGAUGCACAUGCACAUGUAUAGCAUUGCUUCUACAUGACAAAGACAUGAGAAGCUGCCACAAAGGUCAGAUAACACGUCGAUCAUCUUAACUGUGAAAUCCUCGAGCGUUUCCUGUCGACUUGAAAGGUGUCUGCCAUUUGAUAGCAUCGUGCCGUACUCGGUAGUAGGAACGCGAACAUCAAACAGAAGAGUUUAUAUAUAUAGGUAUACAACGAGUACACUCGAGACCUACAAUUCAUCCAUAACACUGAAAAUCCAAUUGCUCAACAACAUACGCAAUCCGUCGCUUGACGAGUGACGAUAUAUACUAUUCCAUCGCAUCAAUUCAUCACAUCAAGAGGACUGAUUGUUCACGCGUUGCGGUUCUGCCUGUUGCCGAGACGACCUUGAAUCAUCCCACGGGCACGGCAACUUCAGUGCGGCACUCUAAUCGCUCUUGCACUUACAACCAACCUGCGACUUUAAACACGCAGCAUUCCACGACAAAUAAAACCCCUUCCGAAAAAAUAAAAAUGAAGGAGCAACCUGAACAAAACCACAAGCUUGGAUGCGACUUGCACAAAAGGAAGCAUUCGUUGCUGUCACCUACCUCGUCUAGAGGCAAAAUGAUAUCCAAGAACCGUGGACGCACCGGCACCAAAAAUUCUUCAGUCAAACAGAAAAUACGCCCUGCGCCGAAACUCAAAGUGCCGUCCGAGGCAGUCGGUGCCCGUCUUACCAAUACAUCAGCACCGCAAGUGCAAACUCGAGUUCCGGUAGUCGACAUGGAGUCUCCCGGUGAGGCUUCUGGCCAUGUUCUAGCUCCCCGGGCUUCAAACCUACCUUCAAACGCCACUCCGACACAUCUUCCUUCCCCGGUAACCGAUAAUGAUACCAACCAGGACAUCGAAAUGACUCAGCCAACGGUUGAUGCUACCCCCGCAGAUGAAAACUCAGCUAGUGUCUGGGCCGACUCUGUUGAGCAGGGAGUCAAACAGCUCGCAAGGCUUUACACCAUGAUAAAGACAGAUGAGAAGCGGACGAGAGAACCCUCCGAGAAAGAAGUAAAAAGAUACAUCAAAUACAUGCGCGCCUUCAUGCUGUUUCUCAAACAUGACGUAGAGCCAAAGCCAGAUUUCAAGGACAAGUAUAGUCUCGAUAAGGCGCUCGGGUUCUAUCUGCGCCCUGAUAUAGAACCCUUGAAAAAAGUAGCCCCAGACCUGUUGCUACUGGCCAAAGAAAUACUGGAGCAGUAUGACGCUGAAGAAUGGGGUAAGGACUUUGCAGAUGACGGAGAAGAAGGAAUCGAGACAGAUGACUUGGGACCCGCUAUUGCGACAUCCAGCAAAAAGGGUAAGCAGAGCCAUGACACCAGCUCUUCCGAUCCCACAGAAGUUGUUAGACUCCCCCCCGGUUCCCAUCCAAUCUGGGGCCUCGAGGGCAUCAUGCACGGCCUGGCUCGCAAGACGACCGAGAAAGGUCGAACUGUUUUGUUUUUGGAUCCUCGCUACCACAACAAGAAACGCAAUGCAAAGGUUUUUGGCCACAACGACCACACUCCCGGUGCUUGGUGGCCGUAUCAGAAGGCUGCUCUCUUUCAUGGAGCUCACGGUGCGCCUCAGGCGGGCAUUACCGGCAACCCUAAUCUGGGAACCUACUCUAUUGUUGUAUCGGCAACCUCAGUUUACCGGCAUCUGAACGAGGACAAGGGCACCGAGCUUUGGUACAGCGCGGACAAAAGUGUAGAGAAUGCCGACCCUUUGAACCCCAAAAUCAGCAACGCGACAAGAAGUUUGGAGAAAGCACGAAAGGAGGGUACGCCAGUGCGGGUAUUGCGACAUGCAGGAACCACUUGUGAUCCCCGCCGCAGCCCCAUCUACCCUACAGUUGGCAUCCGAUAUGAUGGGCUCUACGAGGUCGUUGCUCAAAAGCUCGGUACGAACAAGAACAACGGCGUGUUCAAGCGUUUCAAACUUGUACGACUCCCGGAUUCGAUGAAUGCCGGUGUCUCGUGGGAGGAGGUCCAGAGAUACCCAACCAGGGAACAACGACGGCAAUUUGACCACACCAAGGAUGGAUACUAGAGAGAUCUCAAGCUUGUUUCCUUCCACAGUCGAGCCGGACUUCUCAAGAUGCUUCGUCAACAGACCCCACGAUUGCAGUCAACAUACACAACCUGUCGCUAAGGUUGAUGUCCUCGAGCUCACCCCAAAACUGUUAUGAAUUGCACCUACUUUUUCACAAUCACCUUGGUUUUCUCCCAUCACUUACGCUCUUCCCAUUCCCUCUACCACGAUCACGCAGCCGUUAUCCAUUUUGAUCAAACAAAAAAAAAAGAAAACAACCACAAAAAAAAGAAGUUACCAACCAAAAGGAGGGAGAGAUAUUCGAAGGCUAUAAGCUGUUGCAGCCUUUUCAGCGAGAGAGGCCAGGGAGGCAAGGAGAGAUGACGGAAUGCGGAUGAGUAGGAACUAUGAAGGACGAGAAUGACAAGUACGCGCAGUUGGAAAACGGGCAAAAUUGGUUAGUGGCAGUACUGUAAAGUAGGAUACGAGAAGGAUAAAAGUCAAGUUGGAGGGCAUAAUAUUGUUGUGAGGCGAAAGUUGACUUUCGGAAUGCCGGUUAUUUUCAUAUCGCUUUGUUAUUCUGUUCGCUCCGUUCGAAUAUUCUUUGAAGGCCUUUCCUAAAACC